CUUUCCUUUUUCUUUUUCCUUCCAGCUUGCUUUUAACUUUUCAUAUUCUGUAGAGGAAAACAUUCUUUUUGCUUUAGGUUCCUCAGAUAUCUCUAGUCAAGGAUAAAAAUGAGCAUCUAUUGCCAACCUUUCUCAGCCCUAGGUGCUGAGACACAAAAAAAGAACACUGUCAAGAUAGUAACCCUUUAUCUUGAUAACACCAGGAAAUAGGGAUGCAUGUCCUGUGUUUCCUGCUGGCCUGUGGGAAGCAGGGAAGUAAAGCUUACCUUCAGAAUUCACUUCCUGUGUGAAGAACCAGGAUUUGUACAGGUCACAAAGAUGUUGUGUGUUUUAAAACUCCCCUGAUGCCAUCAUGAUCAACUGAGUUAUGUUGGAAAAUCCUACUCUUUGCAUCUGCAAAGAGAAACUACUUCUUAAGCCUGACAGUGCAUACCAAGGGGGAGUUUUUUUCCUCACAGUACACUUUCCAACAGACUACCCUUUCAAACCACCAAAAAUUGCUUUUACAACAAAAAUCUACCACCCAAACAUAAACAGCAAUGGAAGUAUUUGCCUUGACAUCCUGAGAUCGCAGUGGUCACCAGCUCUGACGGUAUCUAAAGUUUUAUUGUCCAUAUGCUCCUUACUUUGUGAUCCUAAUCCAGAUGACCCACUAGUACCGGAUAUUGCACAGAUCUACAAGUCAGACAAGGAAAAAUACAACAGACAUGCGAGAGAAUGGACUCAGAAAUAUGCAAUGUAAACUUGUGAAGACUUUUUCAUAUACCACAGAGUACUGUAAAUUCUAGGAUUUUUUCAAAGUUAGAAGGAAAUGGAGCACAGUUUACUCUUUUGAUGUGUCAUGAUGCCCCUCGAAAUUUUUUUUUUCCCACCCAUGUGUGUUUCUGGAGCAAAGGAGAACAAACUUCCAAAAAUAAACCUUAAGACUGUGAUAAGAAUAUUUAUCCUCUUUGUGUGCUUUGCAGGAGACAUUUAUUAUGUUUUUUGAUAGUUGGACAUCUGCAUCUUCAGCCUACAAGAUCCAUAACGCAGGUGUAAAGCAACCAAAUGAUUUUUGCUGGAGAAAGUAGCCGGUUUUGUGAUGAAUCCUGUAUGUGUGUCCUUAAAGUACCUUGUCUGUUCCAUAAGUGUGUUUGAAUUUUGUUAGUUCACUUAUAUCAUUUGUUUGGGGUUGGGUUUUAUUUUAUUUUACUGUAUAGACUAUUUUAUUUACCAUGUAAGUCAUUUCAGUUUAGACUGACUUGCUUGUGCACAGUGUUGGCAAGAUACAACUGCUAGUAUUGAAAGUAAUUGGAGUAUCCCACCCAUGGGACAGCCUAAAGACUGACUGCAGACUCCUUAAAACCUGAAAUACUCUUUGCACUGUAAUUCUUUGUACGCUGACUGUGGAGAAACACUUGGGUUUGAUUCUGUUGCAUACUUGACUUGAUUUGAUUGCAAUGUGAACUAAUUGCACUGCUAUGUAGAAAGUUGUGUAACCGUUCAUGUUACCGUUCACAACUGGGUUUUGACACAUGGGCGACCUAACGCUGUCCCAGACCUUUUCCAAGUCUCGAUGUAGCCUUUUCCAUAUAAAUAAAAUGCGUUUUCUACGACUUGUCUUGGCUAUCUUAUUUGGAAUCAUGCAUAUCCUUAAAGUGCUUGUUCUAACAUUAGAGAAUCAGAAUAUUCAGUGUGCAUGUGUCUUGUAGAGAAAAAGGAAGGUGAAGCCGUGCAUCACGUACUACUUAGUGUUGCAAUUAAUUUUUAUGCUAGCUUUAGCCCGAUUUAUUUAGCAUGUGGUGCCCAUUGUUCUAUAAAGGAUUUUAACUGGUUUAAUAACAUGCUACUUCUAUAUUCAUUUAGAGUGAAAAUACCACAAGUGUAUGAGCAUCAAACUCUUCAGUUAAGAUGGUGUGUUUGCAAUAUCAGAAUGUUGACAGUCAGCUUCUGACACUUAAAACUCUGUCUGUCCAUUCACUGGCACUUCAGUCGCUCCAGACUAUGCACGUGGGAAGCCAGUAGUGCUGGCGAGGGGCAAUCCUUUCUGAUAAAGUAUAUGGGAAGCAGAAAGAACUUUGGUUUCAUACAGUUUGUUCUUCUUGAGUAUCUGAAAAUUGAUAUGUGACUAAUUUUUCUCUGUACCUUGCACAUGGAAGAAUAGUGAUUUGCAGUUGGGAAAUUUGUCAUAAGUAAACGGUUUUUAAGAUGACAAAAAUAUUUGUGUGGGGUUUUUCUUACUGUAAUGAAUGCCAUCUGGAAUCUGGGGUGGGGGUGGAAAGCAUGUGGGGUAGGGACUUCUAUCUCUACCUUUGGAAUAUUGCUAUCUUCAUGUUUGACUUCUUGACCCAAAUGGCAUUUGUUGGUAACAGAUGGGCAAAUGUCACUUCUGUGCUACGGUUUUAUCUGUGAUGUGAUUGAUGAGUUUCAAUACAAAAGCUCAGUGGAGAGUGGCUCUAUUAAUCUUUAAAUAUCCUUAUUCACUUUGGAUUGUAAGCUGAAUCAAUGUGGGGUGUUUCCUUAUUAAAAUGAGUGCUUCAUUAUACUUGAACUAGGACAAUGUAGCUAGGAAGGCAAAGCCAUUGUUUGUACCUAAUGCUAAAACGGUGGUGGAAAACUCUGACCAUCAGAAUGUGUUCCCAGAGCUUUUAUUUUUUCUAGCUGGGUAGUAGUAUGUUUGUACUAGAAGUUAUUUAAAUGUUUGCAAUAUCUGUAUUGAACUGUGUGAAAUUGGAACUUUGACUUGCAUCUCAGAAUAAUCUUUUUCUUUUGGGUUACUGAUUUAUAUUAGGGAUGGUUUGAAAACCUUUGUAUUUGAAACAUUUAAGAACUGUUAACUUUUCUGCUGUGUGCCAUACAUGCGAGAGUGGUUUUCCAUCACAGUGCAAGAGCAGUAGGAUCAUCAGAAGCCAAAGACCAGCAACAGUGAUUAGACAUAUUUAAAUGUCCUCCAAAUUUUUUUUCUUAUGAACAUACUGGUUUGGGUGCAUGAAGCUUAAGUCUGAUUCUUGUGGUUCUCCUCAGCAGUUCACCUUUUCUGCCUCUGUUAACGCUGCCUGAGACAUACCAUUACUUAAGCCUUCAGUCUUUUCAAGGCUACUCAGAGUUCCUCUCUUAAUGCACUCUACAUGAAUGUAGGGGGGAACGCCAAUGAAGUAAGGUUACUCCAUCCUGUGUAGUUUACUCUGAUGGAAAAUAACCCUGGCAUGGUCUCUGCACCUUUCCCCCUUCAUUCCUGCUCUGUGCUGUGGUGUUCCAGAUGUGCAGCCAGCCCCUGUGCUCUGCAUGAGAAGACAGCCGCAGCCAGAAGCUUGCUAUGAAGAGGAGACAAGCGAAACCGUACUGUUACUUUUUGGCCACAGCUCAUCAGCUCCUGCUUAAUUCCUUUCUGAUCUCUGUGUUGUUGUUUUCUGCCUGCGGCCUCCUCCAAUAAACACGGACGAAUACUGU